CGCAGUACCGCGCGCUGCUGACCAGUCAUCAGUACUGGUCUAGAAGACGGCGCGUUCGGUUCACGGUUGUUCGACAAUCAUUUGUUUUUUUACAUUGGGUACUAUUAAACAUUAUUCUCGAAGUGCGAGUGGCUAAAAAAUUUUUUUAAGUAGUUUGGUCUGACUAAACUUAUAGUGAUAAUAUAAUGGUGACUUCGCGCAUAGCAUUAGAAGAGCUUUUGCAAAACAGACUGACUACGGGCAUUUGCAAAGACACGUUAAGGAUGCAAGGAAACGCUGCGGAAUUGUUUCAUCUAUAUUCGGGAAAACAUCACGCGGACGACACGUCAUCGUCGUCGUAUGGCGCAGAGAUGAUGACCGCCGUGACAAUCAAACGGGAAGCGCACACGCCGACCACCGACCAGAGCGAAGACUCCGGCGUGGACGUGUCUGCGGCGGCUGAUGCCCACGACGGCCGUGGGCCGUUCAAACGAAAACGAAUGGACGACUCCGAUGACGGGGGCGGUUGUCCGACCGCAGCCAAGUCUAGCAGGACGACCGAUGCGGCCGUGGCCAGCGUCCUGCGGUCGAUCAACAUGGAAGCCUGUCCUCCGUUCAGGCCGUGGAGCUGCGGCGAUGAGUCGUCGUCGGACGUGGGCCUCCGGCUGUUCCAUGACAUACGUAAUGUGGACAGGAUACGGACUCUGACGCAGCAACGUCGCAGCGAACAGUCCCCGUUGCCUCCUCCGCCGCCGGAACCGCAACCCUUGGACCUAACCAAAGGCCAUCGAGCUGUGACGAGACCAGCCGGCGCCGGCGCCCCAGCGUUGGACGCGACCACCGCCGAUGUCGAGAGCGCCGCCGAAUACGACACCACACCGUCGGGGCCGUCGUCGUUCACCUGUGCAGUCACGGAACCAACCGCGGCCGCCGGAGGGUCGACCACCACCACCACCACCACCACCACUGCGGCCACGACCAGGUAUAGCAAAAACAUGUCCCGGGCCCGGAGGAUCGAGGCGAACGCCCGCGAAAGAUCUCGGGUGCACACCAUCAGCGCGGCAUUCGACACGCUCAGGGCUACCAUACCGUCGUACUCCCGGAACCAGAAGCUGUCCAAACUGUCUACGAUCCGGAUAGCCAGCGCUUACAUACUGACGCUGUCCCGACUGCUGGACAUGGACUACAGUGCUGAGCAGGACAGUCCGUCCGUGGCCGAGUGCGUGGACAACGUCACGGGAAUCAUACACAUGGAGGGUAAGGCGAGAAAGAGGAAAGACGAUCAGUAAUGACCAAUGAUUUAUAAUUACCGCAUGAUCGCGAAUAAUAUGUUUUUCUUAUUAUAUAUAAUUAUAAAAUAUAAUAAAUGUCAAUAUUAUAUUUUUUAUCGUUAUCGGUUAAGACGGUAUUAUAAGGCGGUCAUUUUUAUACACGUCAGACAUUUCCGGACGCCUAUCGCGAGACGUCGUCAAUUCGAAACCAAGAAGAAUAUUUCGAUUAGUACCUAUGACCACACAUGCGUCUCAUAAGAUAUUUUAAUAUUAUCGUUUUGGAAAUGUUACCUCUGAGUAAAAUGUCGUACCGUUUUCGUCUCUGUGGACGAAGUUCAGCCGUGGUACUGCGAAAAGUAUAAUACAAUCAAGGCGAGCCGUGUGACGAAUAAUCACAACUUCUGCGGAUCGAAACAUCGACACGGGGCUGCAGAGCGCACGGCGAGAAGACUGCAGACGGUGAGAGAGAGAGAGACAGAAAACGUACAUUUUGUAUACAUAAUAUUAUAUUGUUUUACGUUGUAAAUUAUACACAUUAAUAUAAUCGCGUUGGAGCGAAAUUUCGAAAUAAUUAUUCCAAGGCAAUGACUAUAGAACGCUCCAACCCCCCUGGACACGGCGAACGUCGCUCUGGUGAGCACACAAAGCACCUUUUUCACCCUCGCGAAGAUCACACAAGCCAGACUCUCAUGAUCCACAUGUUAAAACACAUGGCCAGCACUUGUCGCGUAAAUAAUAUAAGGUUGUAAUAUAUUAAUAAUAUAUAUAUAUUGUUAUUGCGACGAG